CGGAAUACCCCGGGUUAGCAAUAAUGCGCACUGAUUGACAGCCUACACGUGAUUGGCAGAAAUACUUCCAACGUCACAUACAACUGAUUGGCUGGAAUGAAACUUUCCUAGCUGCUUCCGGGUUACUUUCUAUUGUCGGUGUUCAGAUUUGAACAAAGAUUACUAUCAAAUAUUAUCAUCAAACCUUUAUGUUGACGACGAUUCAAACGGACAGGUGUCAGGCAGGGUAAACUGAUUUGGACCGGACCACCCGACCCUAUCAUCCCAGCCAUGGAGCGUGUAAUGGGCGGAGUGGUGCCGCUGGUCCUGGGUGGGCUGGGGUUGGUGCUGCUCUACCGGCUGCUCCAGAGGCUCCAACAGGGGGCUACCAUCCAGGACACUGUAGUGGUCAUCACUGGAGCCAGCUCUGGCCUGGGGAGAGAGUGUGCUCGGGUGUUCCAUGCUGCCAAAGCAAGGCUGGUUCUGUGUGGCCGGGACGGAGCCAGGCUACAGGACGUAGUUCAGGAGCUCAUAGCCACUGCAGCAGACAGCCAGCAGCAGACGUACACCCCCUGUAUGGUGAUCUUUGACCUGUCCGACACAGCGGAGGUGGUUGCCAUGGCCGCAAAGGAGAUCCUGAGUUGCUACGGCCACGUGGACGUCCUCAUCAACAACGCCGGCAUCAGUCACCGCGGCAACAUCCUGGAGACGCACAUCUCCGUACAGAGGGACGUCAUGGACACCAACUACUUUGGGCCCAUAGCUCUAACUCAAGCCCUUCUGCCCUCCAUGGUUCGCCGGCACAGUGGACACGUAGUGGUCAUCAGUAGUGUCCAGGGGAAGAUUGCUAUCCCCUACAGAUCAGCUUAUGCUGCCUCCAAACACGCCACCCAGGCCUACUUUGACUGUCUGAGGGCUGAGAUGGAGCGCUACAAUAUCCAGGUGACAGUGGUCAGCCCUGGCUACAUCAGAACCAACCUGUCUCUUAACGCUGUCACGUGUGAUGGCUCCAAAUAUGGAGUCCUGGAUGAGACAACAGCUUUAGGGCGGGAACCGAAAGAUGUGGCCCAAGUGGUCCUGAAGGCUGUCCAUCACAGGAGUAAAGAGGUCCUUUUGGCUGGGCCCCUGCCCACUCUGGCCAUCUACAUUCGCACCCUGUGGCCAGCCCUCUUCUUCAAAGUCAUGGCCUCUCGGGCCCGCAAGGAGCAGAAAUCCAAAGAUGAGUGAGAAGUUGUAGAGGAUGUGGCAAAACUAUGGGAAUGGAUAAAUUGAUUAAUGCACACUAACUUGCAAAUUAAAAAGUUGUUUUGUUUUAAAGCCACAGUGUGAUGUGUAGUGUUUCAUUAGAUGAAAUAACUGAAAAUCUUACAAACUGCUUCAACUUCAAGGUUAACAUCUUGCGAAGUGUUCAGGGUAGAUCACAUUAACAAUUAUGAUAUUGAUGUGUAAUAACAUUUCAUAGCGACCUGAACAUUGAGUACAUUUCAUUUGUUGAAAUGAUUAGCUUUGGAGUUUGUUCAUGAUCAUUUGUGAAUUAAACAAAAAUACAGAUGAU